GCAUAAUUGAAUAAAAGUUUUGAAGCGUGUGAUUCUUGCGGGAUUUGUUGGAUUUGUAUUAUUUCAAACUACGCGUAUAAAGUGAGAAUUCAUUAAUGUUUUUAUAUCGCACUCUUAGAAAAUCGCAAAAAAUAUGACCGCACUGUAGUUCGUUUAAAUACACUUAGGCAAUAUUCCUAACAUAAUUUAUUUUUUUUAUGGAGUCUUUUAACAAGUAACUAGCGAAUGCUAGCGAACAGGUACCAUCGUGGCCGAUCGUGGCAUGUACAAACUUCUCCCGAGUUUCUACAAGAAGGUUUUUCCGGUUCUUGCCAUUGUUCGUAACUGACUUUGUAACGAUACUUUUAUAGGUUAUUCCUGUAAGGGAAGUACGAACGUAACUCAGAAUGAAAUUGCUUGGAUGAAACUGUAAAGGCUAGGCCUGUUAUAAUAAUUGGCAAUCUGAUUAGUAUGUCUGGGAAGUAAUACCAUUGCUAAUUCAGAACGUUUCAGAACAAUUGCUUCGUUAGAGGUCUGAAAUUAGAUAAUUAGUUGGAAAUGCAGUCAUAUAUUGACUAGAAGCAUAUCUUCUGCACUUACAUUCUUUGGCCAGCAUGGUGCACGUGAAAGAUUGGUUGUAUUGUAAAAGUGUGUAGCGGUGUGUAGUGUACGAUGAACGUUGAGUUCGCUCCGACAAGUUGAUGAUUUAUUGUGAAGAUGAUUUUAUUUAUGAGACCCAUAGGAACUCCACUGAAAAUACGAACAGCAAAUUUGACAUUAGGCUGCAGUCUCAAUGGAACAGUGGUGUGGAGAAAGGGUACUUUCGGUACCGCCUGAAUAUUAAGCAUGCGAGAGUAUUACCAGGAAAGUACUCCUUUUUAGCGCAGCUCAAUGUUGAUCGACAUUUAAACAGGCGGGCACCUGAAAAGAUAACAGGCAUCUCCCAGCCAUUUGAUGCUACAAAGUUCAACUUCACAAAAGUUAAGAAAGAAGAAUACCUGUUCGAAAUUAAAAAUAAAUCUAGAAUAGAUUCUGUGGGACAUUUCCUCAUUAUAAAUGUGAGCCCUUUGGAAUAUGGACAUACUCUUCUCUUGCCAGACUUGUUUAACUGUCUACCACAGGUGGUAACUUUGGAAAGCAUACAGCUCAUUGUAGAGGUUCUGCUGCUUAGUGGAUCACCGGCAUUGAGAGUGGGGUUCAAUGGUCUGUGUGCAUUUGCAUCAGUUAAUCAUUUACACUAUCACCUGUACUAUCUGCAGCAUCAUAUGCUCUUGGAGCACAUUAAAGUUGACCAUUUAAGUGGCCCUUGUUACCAGCUUGUGGAAUACCCAGCACCAGGCUUUGUGUUCCAACUGCCAGAGAACCGAAGCAUAGUAGAUUUGGCAAGGUCAGUGUAUUGUUUGACCAGUUUCUUGCAAAAUGCCAACAUACCACACAAUCUUUACUUAACUCGGGGCAGCAGACUUGAUAUUCCAGAUGCUGGUCAAGCUUACAGUACAGUGAGAGUGUAUGUCUGGGCAAGGAAGCUUUCUGCAGCUUGUAAAGAUUUAGAUGCUUUCAACCCAGCAUUGUGUGAGCUGUUUGGACAUUUUAUCAUCAAAACUGAACCUGAGUAUUCAUCAUUGACAGAAGAAAAAGUGGCUGCAGUACUUAGUGACAUUUGUCAAGAGCCGUUUGCUGACAUUCAAGAGAAUGUAAGGCAACUGUUUGAACAUCACGACACUUAAUGGAACCGUUGCUGCAUAUUUGGUUCCCUCAGAUGUGUCUUGCUGUGAUAUUAGGUAUGAGUCAAUAAAUCAUUUACUUCUUAAUUUUGCUAGUACUAGUUGCUUGCCAAAGUAGAUGACACAGAUGUUUGACAAUCAUAAUAAAAUAAAUAUGAAGAAACGAUAUG